AUGCCCUCCGAAGCCGACAAAAGUAUUAAGAUAAUUAAUGAAUUCAUGAGGGAAUACAAGAAGGAUAAGGAGAUCUACGCCUUAGCAGCGCAGCGGGCCGAGGAGCUAUGCACAGAGGUCCUCAAACGUGAAUCGGUGGAGUGUAUCGUUACCUCCAGAGCAAAAGACCCAGAAAGUCUCGAGAGGAAGCUUCACGAACGACUGAGCAAACGCCAAGAGGCUGCAGCUAGUUCAUGUAAAGAAAAGAAAGGCUACGGCAGCAUCGACGACAUCAGAAGUGACAUCGCAGAUUUGGUUGGAGUUCGGAUCUCGCUCUAUCUGCCGCGGAAAAAGUCCCAUGUUGAGAAAAUCCUGCGGAGGGAAUUCGAAGUGCCAUGGAAUCUCUCUUUGGGAGAAAAGGAAAAUGCCCAAGCAACGCAACCUCGUCUGUUCCCGGGGUACUGUGCCGAUCACUACCGCGUCUUCUUUAAGGAUGACUCGAUUCAAGAUAAAAGGCUCGACAAAAGGAUGAUUGAGAUACAAGUGGUUUCUGUUUUACGGCAUGUCUGGGCUCAAAUCCAACAUGACAGGGUGUACAAACAACUUAUCCCGACUACUGGGGAAGAUAUCCGGAUUUUGGACGCCUUGAGCAGCCUGCUAUACGCUGGUGAUUUUGUUUUGGAUCAGCUAUUUGACAGCCAGACUUCACGAAGUAAAUCUGAUGGUACACCGUUUAAGUCUGUGUAUCAGUUAGGGUCUUCGUUGGGUCAGUGGAUUGAAAACUUUCCGGAGCGCCGAGAUGAUAAUCUUGGAGAUGUUCAGUCACUUUUUACGUUACUUAGGGCUCUUCGUGUGAAUACACCCAAGGAGCUAUGGGGCGCGUUGAGGAACAUGGAUAUAUCCCUCACGCCGACGAGCGACUAUAUGGCCCUGGCCCGCAAGUAUGAACCGCUUCACCUCAGCAUCAGCAACUACGUAAUGCACCGCAUCAUUUGGCCCCGAGAUGAUCAGUGCAUAGUCCAGAGCAUCAGACGACUCGAGCCAAAUACACUCAACAACAACUGGUACAAGGUCAACGUGAUCGCAAAUGCAUUUAUAUUAUUAGAUCAAUUAUUCUCGCCCCCAUCCGAGUGGUUGCCCCUUCUUUAUACUGGGCAGGACGCAAAGAGACAUGAGGGGGGGAUUAAAUGGAUGUCCACGGGCAAGCCCUGGACAGUGUGUCAUAGGACGAUACCACUACACAAAGCCGACCAGAAGAAUAUAGAUGUGCUGUGGCAUUGCUUUAAUCAGCAUCACAAGGAACCCAUCAGAUUUGUCUUCACAUUCUCCCAGAUCUUAGUUGUGGAAGGGUUCUCGACGGAUCGGACUCUGUUGGACAAAUCUUUGUCCCUUCUCAUACGCGCCAUCGAAAUCUCUGCAAUAUUUUCUACAGGAUCAUGA